CGUUGGGGUUCACGCAGUUCUCCAAAUGCCUCAUGCCCAACGACCACCUGGCCAACGACCACCUGCCCAACGUGUCUCUCUUCAACCCUCUCAACUCGCGUGCCGAGGCUUUGGGGACUCUCUGCUCAGCCGCCAUGUCUGUCUAUACCACAUAUAGAGGCUUGAACCAGCAGCAUCCCUGUAUGACAAUUAGGUGGCUGGCACGGUGCCUUUGAAGACGGAGCGCGUGAUGUCUUCAACUCCCGCUCGUCCGAGAAGACUCUCGGGGUUAGAUAGGCAUCCUUCCAUACCGAAAGGGUGUGAAGGAGAAACUCCAAGUAUGAAAGACGUCGGUUCAGGAGGUAGAUAAAGAGACCGGAAAGCUCCAGGAUGACGGCCAGUAGUUACCAGGAUCACAUCCAGCAGCAGCAGUACACCCCCAUUGUCUCUUUCAGGAACUGCCGCCAUGAAGCUUACUUCCGUCCUCCCGCUAUCCCUAAUCUCAGUCACCGCAAUGGCACCCGGAACGCACCCAGCACCGCGUCAACAGCCAACAACACUCUGUUCACAGUUCAGCUACUGGUCCGGCAGCGGGUACGAAGCCAACAACAACCUGUGGGGGCAAGACUCGGCCACAUCCGGCUCGCAGUGCACGUCCGUCGACGGCAGCUCCGCCGCGGGUGUGCAGUGGCGCACGGAGUGGACGUGGCGCGGCGGGCCGGGCCAGGUCAAGAGCUUUGCGUACGCCGGCAAGCAGCUCGCGCGCGGCCAGACGCUUGCCCGUGUAGUCAGCAUACCGACGGCCGUCGCCUGGCAGUACAACACCACGGCCGGUGUGCGCGCCAACGCCGCCUACGACAUCUUCACGGCGGCUGACGCGGGACACGAGAAUAGCAGUGGUGAUUACGAGGUCAUGAUCUGGCUCGCCCGGCUUGGCGACAUCCGCCCAAUCGGCUCGUCGACGGGCACCGUCAGCGUCGGUGGCUGGCCGUGGGACCUCUGGGUGGGCAUGAACGGGGACAUGCCGGUGUACAGCUUCGUCGCGCCCGGCACGACCAACAGCUUCAGCGGCGACGCCAAGCUGUUCUUCGACUACCUGCAGACGUACCAGGGGUUCCCGGCAAGCAGCCAGAAUCUGAUUGUGUUCCAGUUUGGCACCGAGACUUUCACUGGAGGGCCGGCCAGCAUGUCUGUUGCGCAGUUUUCGGCAAGUAUCAACUGAGCAUGAAGCGAGCGAACUCGCAGAUAGGUGAUGAUGUCGGCAAGUGUAUAUCUUGGGGAUGAUGAUAGGUUGUGUUUGUAAGGAGGCCAUGGAUCAAAGUGACAGGUACACAGCCACGUAGAAUGUCGUUGGAUGAAUGCUAGAUAAUCCAUGACCUUUGAUCUUUGGUGAUGUAAUUUAAAAAUAAUCAUCUAGGAUUUUCCCUUGCUCUCAAUACUGCAGGGUGGGCGAAAUAUUUUCAAUACAGG